AGAUAACGAAAACGAGCAGAUGAUAAGUUGAUAAUACAGUGCAGAAAUUAGAAAGAAAAAGGAAAAAGAAGAGGGAGCUUUGUUCAUUGAUUCCUUCAAUUCAAUGGCGCCAGCUGCAGUGCCGUUGAAUAUGAAAUGGUUGCCACUGAAUUCGAAGCUCAAAGUCAAGAGCCAACUCCAAACAAGCAGCAGGAACAUUGAGUUUGAGAGGGUUCAGCUUCCGGAGAAGACCCGCAACUCGAGAGUCCUGGUUCUUGGCGGAACAGGUAGGGUCGGUGGAUCCACCGCCAUUGCUCUCUCCAACCUUUGCCCCGAUCUCCGCAUCCUCGUCGCCGGCAGAAACAGAGAGAAAGGUGAAGCUCUGGUUGCAAAACUCGGGGGCAAUUCUGGUUUUUCUCAGGUUGACAUCAAUGAUCAAGAUUCACUCCAAACUGCUCUGCAAGAUGUGGAUCUUGUAGUUCAUACCGCGGGGCCAUUCCAACAAGCAGAAAAAUGCAGUGUGCUUGAAGCUGCCAUAAACACUAAGACUGCAUAUGUUGAUGUUUGCGAUGACACAAGCUAUGCAGUGCGUGCAAAGUCCUUUAUGAGCAGAGCGUUAGCUGCGAAUGUUCCAGCUAUAACAACAGGAGGAAUAUACCCUGGAGUGAGCAAUGUCAUGGCAGCAGAGCUAGUCCGUGCUGCAGAAACUGAAACUGAAGAAGAUAAACCAGAAAGGUUAAGGUUCUCAUACUAUACAGCUGGAACUGGUGGUGCUGGUCCAACCAUAUUAGCUACUAGCUUCUUGUUGUUGGGAGAGGAAGUGAUUGCAUAUAGCAAAGGAGAAAAGAUCAAACUGAAGCCAUAUAGUGGAAUGCUCAAUGUAGAUUUUGGAAAAGGGAUUGGCAAAAGAGAUGUUUAUCUAUUGAAUUUACCAGAGGUUAAAAGUGCGUAUGAGAUUCUAGGAGUGCCAACUGUAAGUGCUCGAUUCGGAACGGCACCAUUUUUCUGGAAUUGGGGAAUGGAAGCUAUGACCAAUCUUUUUCCUCCGGAAUUUUUGAGAGACAGGAGUAAAGUCCAAAGGUUGGUUGAGUUAUUUGAUCCUGUUGUUCGAGCAGUUGAUGGGAUUGCUGGGGAACGUGUAUCAAUGAGGGUUGAUUUGGAGCUUUCAAGUGGCCGCAGCAAGGUUGGCCUCUUCAGUCAUAGCAAACUUUCCGUAUCUGUAGGAAUUGCAACAGCAGCAUUUGCACUUGCGAUUCUUGAAGGAAGCACACAACCUGGUGUUUGGUUUCCUGAAGAAGCUCAAGGACUUGCAAUUGAGGCCAGAGAAGUUCUUCUCCAGCGUGCUAGCCAGGGAACAUUUAAUUUUGUAAUGAACAGGUCACCGUGGACGAUUGAAACAAAUCCAAAGGAGCUCGGGUUAGGAAUAUAUGUUUGAAUCUUGUUCGUAUCAAAGCAAACGUGAAAUCCGGCAAAGUUCUCAUGUUACACUGUAGGGUACAAUGUAAUGAAUGUAUAGUCCAUUAGUCCUUUGAGAGAUGAUUCAUUCUUUCGUAGGAAUAGAAGAACUAUUUAAUGGAAUUUCCUGUAUAAACUAUUUAUUUGUAACCAGUGUAUAAUGCUGAGUUGAUUUGUUUAACUCAUUGCUAGUACACCCUUUAGCUAAUCAUAUUACGUGUACAUUUAAAAUUU